UUCCCAGAUACGCCAGCUUCCUUAGAGGAGGCGGCUGGCGAGGGAUGGGAGCGACGCAGAGCCGACCCGGCUGCUGCACUGGGGUCCCGGGCUACAGACUCGCUAUCAUGGAUUCUCUGCGGGAAGCAAAUGGCACCUUUGCCUUAAACCUUUUGAAAAUACUGGGAGAAGACAGCUCAAAAAAUGUAUUUUUCUCACCCAUGAGCAUCUCCUCGGCCCUGGCCAUGGUCUUCAUGGGGGCAAAGGGAGACACUGCAAGCCAGAUGAUUCAGGCGCUUUCUUUGGAUAAAUGCAGCAGCAGUGGAGGUGGAGAUGUCCACCAGGGCUUCCAGUCACUUCUCAGUGAAGUGAACAAGACCGGAACACAGUACUUGUUGAAAACAGCUAAUAAACUCUUUGGAGAAAAGACUUGUGAUCUUUUAGAAUCUUUUAAAGAUUCCUGCCGCAAGUUCUACGAAGCAGAGAUGGAAGAGCUGGACUUUCAGGGAGAUACAGAGCAGUCCCGACAGCACAUCAACACCUGGGUGGCCAAAAAGACAGAAGACAAAAUCAGAGAGUUGCUGUCUCCAGGUACACUGAAUUCAGACACUCGGCUGGUCCUUGUGAAUGCCAUCUACUUCAAAGGAAACUGGGAGAAGCAGUUUGACAAAGAGGACACCAGGGAGAUGCCUUUCAAAAUCUCCAAGAAUGAGGAGAAACCUGUGCAAAUGAUGUUUAAGAAGUUUACUGUUAACAUGACCUAUAUUGGAGAGAUAUUCACCAAGAUUCUGUUGCUUCCCUAUGCUGGCAAUGAGCUGAACAUGAUCAUCAUGCUUCCAGAUGAGCACGUUGAACUGAGAACGGUGGAAAAGGAAAUAACUUAUGAGAAAUUCAUAGAGUGGACAAGGCUGGACAAGAUGGAUAAAGAAGAGGUGGAGGUUUUCCUCCCAAGGUUUAAACUGGAGGAGAAUUAUGACAUGAAGGAAUUCCUGUGCAAGCUGGGCAUGACUGAUGCCUUUGACAACAGGGCAGACUUUUCUGGAAUAUCUUCUAAGGAAAACUUGUUCCUCUCCAAGGUUGUGCAUAAGUCCUUUGUGGAGGUCAAUGAGGAGGGCACCGAGGCUGCGGCUGCCACCGCUGCCAUCAUGAUGCUGAGGUGUAUGAGGUUCACCCCCCGCUUCUGUGCCGACCACCCCUUCCUUUUCUUCAUUCAGCAUGUUAAGACCAAUGGCAUUCUGUUCUGUGGCCGGUUCUCCUCUCCCUGAGGAAAAGGUGUUCCUGUGUCUGCCUUUUAUCCACUCUCCAUGGUUUGCCUGUAACCCAAGUGACCUUAUCCAUAAGUGCAAUGAUAAUUUUGAAAUAAAGGGCUUUCUAGCAUCCCA